AUGAGUGGAUGUGAAUGUGCUUCUUCGGAAAUGAGUGGAUGUGAAUGUGCUUCUUCGGAAAUGAGUGGAUGUGAAUGUGCUUCUUCGGAAAUGAGUGGAUGUGAAUGUGCUUCUUCGGAAAUGAGUGGAUGUGAAUGUGCUUCUUCGGAAAUGAGUGGAUGUGAAUGUGCUUCUUCGGAAAUGAGUGGAUGUGAAUGUGCUUCUUCGGAAAUGAGUGGAUGUGAAUGUGCUUCUUCGGAAAUGAGUGGAUGUGAAUGUGCUUCUUCGGAAAUGAGUGGAUGUGAAUGUGCUUCUUCGGAACUGAGUGGAUGUGAAUGUGCUUCUUCGGAACUGAGUGGAUGUGAAUGUGCUUCUUCGGAAAUGAGUGGAUGUGAAUGUGCUUCUUCGGAAAUGAGUGGAUGUGAAUGUGCUUCUUCGGAAAUGAGUGGAUGUGAAUGUGCUUCUUCGGAAAUGAGUGGAUGUGAAUGUGCUUCUUCGGAAAUGAGUGGAUGUGAAUGUGCUUCUUCGGAAAUGAGUGGAUGUGAAUGUGCUUCUUCGGAACUGAGUGGAUGUGAAUGUGCUUCUUCGGAAAUGAGUGGAUGUGAAUGUGCUUCUUGGGAAAUGAGUGGUUACACGCAUGCUUCUUAG